AUGCCUCACAAUGCACCACGAGAUCCAUGUCGCAUUGUGGAUUCAGAUAGCGAAGAUGAGAGAGACAACCAAGUGCGUACCCACAUACAAUUCCUAACAAGACCAGUAACGCCAAAACCACCACGCAUAGCUGAUUGGAGUUCACCGACAGAUGAGCCAAAUUUUGAUAAACCACAAUAUCCUGAUAGAACUUUUAAUACGCCCAUUGAAAAUGGACGUUUACAACCAACAAGUCGAAUAUCUUCUGGGUCCUCAACGUCCGCUUCAUCGUUAGAACCUACUAAACCGCAACUCAGUUUUUCCGUAUCGACUACUACACCUGAAUCUCCUCCUACAUCUCCGACUACUGCACAAUCAUCAAAUUUUGAUCCAGUCGCAUUACUUCAAGGCGAUAUAAAUCAAUUUAUCUAUACAACUGUUCCAAAAGAUUUUCCAUCCUAUGUACAAUGUCGUCUUCGACGAGACAAAGAUGGCGUACAAGGAGGUUUUUUCCCGACAUUUUAUUUACAAGUGGAACGCCCUAGCGAUAAUAAAAAAUUUUUUAUAUUAGCUGCAAGAAAAGUAGCAAAAGUUAAUCGGCAAAUAGAAUAUGUUAUCACAACUAAUGUUGAAACUUUAUCAAAAGGUUCCGAUGGUGAAGGUUGUGUUGGUAAAUUACGAGGAAACAAUAUGAGUGGAACUGAAUAUACACUCUUUGAUAAUGGUUCAAGUCCAAAUAAAUCUUCUAGUAAACAUUCGAAUAACAAAGAAGAUUUAAGACGCCAGUUAGCUGCUGUUGUUUACAGUGUGAAUAUUCUUGGUAUUAAAGGACCAAGACAAAUCAGUGCUAUGAUACCUCAAAUAGGGCAAGAGAUUCAGCCAGCAAGACACGAGUCCGGUAUUCUUGAACAUUGGAAAGAUCGACGACUCAACUAUUUUAUUCAAUUGCGAAAUAAAUCACCCAAAUAUAAUGAAGAAACAAAAGCUUAUGUUCUUCAAUUUAUUGGUAAUCGUGUGGCCAAGCCAUCAGUGAAAAAUUUUCAAAUGGUUAUUGAAAAUGAAAAUCAUGAAGAACAAGUAGCUAUGCAAUUUGGCCGCGUCGAUAAAGAUAUAUUUUCAUGCGAUUUUCGUUAUCCACUUUCAGCUAUUCAAGCAUUUGCCAUUGCUCUCAGUUCUUUUGAUAGUCGACUUACAAGAGAAUAA